AUGCUUAUUAAACGAAUUCUUUUAUCUUCUGAUCCGGCAAUAGAAGGAUCAACAAUGACAAUAUCUACUCCAGAAGACGAAAAGAAUACAAUUUUGAAUAAACGACUCGUUAUCAACAAUAAUAUUGAUACAAUAAUAAUAAGCGGUACAGUAGAAACAAUUACUUCACAAGAGGCUUAUAGACUUGUUAAAAAAUUUGAAGUUAAAGCCGAAAAAGUUGAAACACUUCCAGAUUAUGCAUUUUACAAUUCACUAUUCAUAGAAACGUUUAUCCCAGGUAAUAUCAAAACUAUUGGCCAAAGUGCAUUUUUAUCCAGCACACUUUCAUCAAUUAAUUUCGAUAAAAUUGAAGUUAUCAAUCAAUAUGCAUUCGAUAAUUGCUACAAUCUUCCAAAGGAUAUCGAACUUACUGCAAUUAAGGAAUUGGGAGCAUAUACAUUCUCGAAUUCGAACAUCGAAUCAAUUCAUGUCGCUGGUGGAACUGAAAUAUCCAAUUACUUUGCAUAUAACUGCUAUCAACCUUCGAAAGUUACUAUUUCUUCUACCAUUACAACUAUUGGGGAUUAUGCUUUCUGUCAAUGUCGAAAAUUAACUUCUUUUGACUUUACAUCAAUCACAGAAAUUAAACAAUUUGCUUUUUAUAAUUCAGGACUUGAACAAGUAGAGUUUAAUGCUAUCGCUACUAUUCAUAAUUCUGCAUUUUCGAAUUCAAAUAUUAAAUCAAUUUCAUUCAAAGAGCAGGAAACCGGAACGAUAAAUAUCGAACUUUAUUCAUUUGCUAGUUGCUACCAACUUACCGAUCUAAAAUUGCCAAAGAACGCUAAGAUUACUUAUUUUUCAUUUGAUUCAUGCAUUUCACUCAAAACUGUAACUGCUACUCUCGAUGUAGUUGCUGGAUUUUCAAAUUGUUCAUCAUUAGAAUCGUUUACAAACAAUUAUAAACAGACAGAUCCCUCUCAAUUUCGAUGCAGCAUAUUACAAUGUGCAUUUUAUAAAUGUUCUAAGCUAAAAUCGAUUAAUCUUGCCGAAGUAGGAUAUGUUGACGACUAUGCAUUUGCUUUUUGCACAAGUUUGGAAAGCAUCGGAGAUUAUUCUUUUUCAUCGGUUGGCAGAAUGGGAUUUGCCUAUUGUAAAUCACUUGUUAUUGAUAAAUUAACAUCAGUUAGCACCAUUGGUGAACUAUCUUUCACAUAUUGUACUUCAAUUAAAACAAUGACAAUUACAGGUACUAGAAAUAUCAAUAAAUAUGCAUUUGCUGGAUGUACAAACCUCGAAACUCUAUUUAUUAAUGUAACUGAAACAACUACUAUAAAUUACCCAGAUUUGCUUUACUUUUACCACUCCCCAUGUAAUUUCUGGGGAAAACGAUAA